UCCUCUCCGUAUAAAAGAAAGAAAUACUAAAUUUGCCAGAUUAGUAUUGUGAAUUUCUUUGUUUAUUUAAGUUGAUUGAGAAAAAUUUCUGGCUAACUAAUAUGGAUGGAAUUUCAGUAUUUUCAGCUGAACUCGAGCAGUUAGUUUCCGACCUUCAAGAAUUGCAAUUUCAAUCAGAAUUCUACCAAAAUCAUUUAAAUUUUGAAACAACUAUUCAUAAUAUAUUUGUCCGAUAUUGUACACUAACACCAUUUGUGGAAGAGUAUCGUAAUUGUCAAAUUAGCAAUGGCCCAAACUUCACUUCCCAUCAGUGCCGUAGUUUUAAAUUUUUAAUACAAUUUUUUAAUAACAUUCUAAAUUUGAGCAAUGGAAUUGUAUCCGACUCGAUACAUCAGAUAAGGACACGAAUAAGGAAAGACAAAUUUAAUUUGAUGAAGUUAGUUUGUCAUGUGGAUAUAUCAACGCAAGUGUUAAAGAAGGGUAUCUAUGUCAAAGCUGAAUUUCGAUGUCUCUUUGCGGAUGAAUUGCACAUGCCAGCACCGGAAGUAUAUUGUAAUAUUAUAUCAAGCAAUCAAAUAAGACAGCUUCAAGAAAGAUUGGAUUCUUUUCGAAUUGAUAUUGAAAGAGCACCGGUACUUGAGAAUAACAGUCAGAUUUUGACGUAUAGAGACGACAAGCGUUUAGCUACAUUCAAUAAUCUAAAAUUGCAAAAAACUAAACGUUUUGAUAAUACAAUUCCCGUUUUGGAAGAAAAGUGUGCUUUACUAUUUCACGUCCAAAUUUUAAUCAACAAUCAAAUGGAAUGCAUCUGGGCAUUGUCCAAACCAGUGGUUCAGGCAUCGCAUUCUAAUCAGGAGCGACUGGCUGAUGCUACAAUCUUUUGGAUGAAUAACUUUCCAAAUGAAACAGAUGAGCCGUUUACAGUCCAACAAUCAGUUUCAUGCGAGAAUUUAAAGGCGGCUCUGGUACAUGAGUUUAAUAUAAGGACAAACUUUUUGCUGCAUGCGGUCAACAUUGAAUAUAUCAGGGAAAUUCUUCUGGAAUUCGAAGAAAAUGAAUUGAUUACAUCGGAAAAGAUUUUUAGGACUCACUGGAAGCAGGAUCGUUCAUUUUGGGAAUGGUUUUAUAGCCUUAUGAAAUUUUUGCAGCCCAGAUCGAAUAAUAAUAAUGAGGAAAAUAAUAAUCGCCAAGAUGUAUCUGUGAGUGCUAUGUGGAAUGCUGGGCUUAUAGCGGGUUUCAUUAGUAGGCAAAGAGCCGUUGAUUUUCUUGAGAACUACAGCGUUGGUACAUUUCUAAUACGGUUCUCGGAAACUAAUCUAAAUUCUCUAAACAUUGUCGAAAAGGUAUCCAAUACAUCUGUGUACAUUCAUCCACCCUUUGAGCCGCAACUAGUUGAAGCUACCAGUUUGGCCAAUUGUAUUUACAAUUCAACUCGAGCACAAUUUUUGUGUUCACCUCACAGGGAGAGAGUCCUUAAUCGAGAUGAAGUUUUACAAGAAUUCAUUCGACCUCCAUUAGCGGCCCCCAACUAUCCUCAGCUCAUGCUCAUGUAAUUCAUAAUGGAAAAACUAUGUAAAUCAACAUUAAAUAAAUCAGUUUUUAUAAGUGUAUACCAAUAA